UACAGGGAUGACUAUGAUCGAGAAGUGAAAGAAGCAAAAGAGAAACAGAAGAAAAGAUACACAGUAGGAGCACCUCGUCCUAAGAAGCCUGACUUGCAGGUUUAUCAUCCAAGAUGGAAAGGAAAGUCACAGGAGGCUGCUGAUCUAGGGUAUGAUGGCUCUAACAAUAGUGGCUCUAGCACAGAACCAGACCAGUAUGGCACUGAGCUAUUUUGUCUGGAGUUUGAAGCAGAUGGAGGAGAAAUAACAUCUAUUAUUGUUUAUGAGGAUGAUGACGCAGAGCAGCUGGCCAAAAAAAUAUCGGUUCAGAACAAUCUGGAAGUUAACAUGAGAGAGGCCCUGAAAAAGCGAAUCCAGGAGGAGAUAACUAAACGAAAGGCGCCUCGCUGACGUUAAUAUUUAGAUCAAGCAAGCUCGCUCUGAGUGAAUUCUCAGUGGAUUGGACGUAGCAGCAUUCCGUGCUACCCUGGGUAUGCCGGCGUUGAUAGAAAGAGGAGGAAGAUUGUGUUAAACAAGCACAUGAAGGCUUGGAAGGAGACUUGCUGAAUUUGCGCAUCCUGACAACUUUACAUGUGGAUAGGCAGGAGACCAGAUCUGUACAGUUUCCUUAGUUAGCGUUUUGUUGGCUCAGACAGGAUUUCUUUCUAUCCUUCCGUUAGUGGAAUCAAAGACUAAAUAAAAGGGAGGUUUCAGAGAUGACCUGUAAAAGGUCUUUACUAUGACACUUUAAGUAGUAAUGUCACUGAAAUAUUUGUGAUGACACAGUAUUUAGAAGUUAACCAGUAUCCUCUCAGAAGAAAUAGCCUACUCAUAAGUAUGUUGGGUUUGGGAAUAUGGCGGUUUGGUAUCUUGCUGUUCUCUAAACCACCACACACGGCACAUUAAAGUCAAUAUUUAUUUAUUUAUCAUAAAUCAA